GUCAGUUUCGUAUCCUCCGUCAUCACUACACAGGAAGCGUGUUCCGGUAAAAGCGUCGUGCCGCGCCGAAUGCUCGGUGAUUUUGCUCGAUUUGUCCGGUUAGCGGUGAUUGAUUAAUCGCGGUGAUCAGCGGCUCGUUCCCGGUGUGCUGGAGUCAUGGUCGGGGUCAAGGUGAUCGGGAAUGACUCGGAUUUCCAGGCGGAGCUCAGCGGAGCGGGUUCCAGACUGACCGUGGUGAAGUUCACCAUGAGCGGAUGUCGUCCUUGUGUCAGAAUAGCUCCAGCGUUCAACAUGUUGAGCAACAAAUAUCCUCAGGUUGUGUUUCUGGAAGUCGAUGUCCACGUCUGUCAGGCAACAGCUGCCGCCAAUAAUAUCUCAGCAACACCGACGUUCCUGUUUUUCCGAAAUAAAGUGCGUGUGGACCAGUAUCAGGGCGCAGACGCUUCCGGACUAGAGGAGAAAAUCAAACAGCACGUGGAGAACGAUCCAGGCAGCAACGAAGACUCCGAUAUUCCUAAAGGAUACAUGGAUCUGAUGCCGUUCGUGAAUAAAGCAGGUUGUGAGUGUCUGAAUGAGAGCGACGACUGUGGAUUCGACAGCUGCUUAAUCAAAGACUCCACUUACCUGGAGUCAGACUGUGAUGAACAGCUUCUGAUCACAAUGGCCUUCAAUCAACCUGUCAAACUCUUCUCCAUGAAACUGCUGUCUGCUGAUUUUGCUCAAGCUCCAAAGAGUGUGAAGAUCUUCAUUAAUCUUCCUCGUUCGAUGGGUUUCGAUGACGCGGAGAGAAGUGAAGCCACACAGACUCUGGAUCUGUCAGAGGAGGAUUAUAAAGACGACGGCCUCAUCCCGCUCCGAUACGUCAAGUUUCAGAACGUCAACAGCGUGACUUUAUUUAUCAAGUCAAACCAGGGAGACGAGGAGACGACAAAAAUCAACUAUUUGACGUUUAUCGGGACUCCAGUGCAGGCCACGAACAUGAACGACUUCAAACGGGUUGUGGGUAAGAAAGGAGAAAGUCACUGAAGAGGAAAAGACGAGUUCGACAUGUUGCUGAAUCUCUCCACGGGCAUCUCUCUCUGCCAACAUGACUGGGCAAACAAACACACACACUCUCAUAUAUACUCUUGCUCACACACACACACACACUCACUCAUAUACACACAUACGUAAUCUCUUACUCACACACACAAACGCACUCAUACACUUGCACACACACUGAUAUAAACUCUCUCUGACAUACAUAGACAUAAAUGUAUACUGACACACACACAUAGUGACAUACAUGUGCGCGCACACAUUCUUUUAAAUGUACACACACAUACAUUGUUUCACACACUCAAACUAACUCAGAGGCAUAUGCUCUCUCACAAAACACUUAAACACACACAUAUUCUGCACCCCCUCCACACACACACACACACACACACACACACACUUACACUUACAGACAUACACACUCAAAUUAGACACACACAUAGUCAAACUAACUAUCUCAGACACACACACACACAGGCGGCUCCGUCAUCAGAGAGAGAGAGAGAGAGAGAGAGAGAGAGAGAGAGAGAGAGAGACAGCUUUGUCUCAAUGAGGCGGUGAUCAUCAAUUGUUUUUAUCUCAAACCUGAAAAUGUUCCUGUAAAUAAAGUCGAUCCUUUUUCAAA